CAGCAACAGUAUCAAAGUGCUCUAUUUUGGGCAGAUAAAGUAGCUUCACUCUCUCAUGAGGAACCCCAGGACAUCUAUUGGCUGGCUCAGUGUCUUUACCUGACAGCACAGUAUCACAGAGCCGCCCACGCACUCCGGUCACGGAAACUGGACAAAUUGUAUGAAGCAUGUCGUUACCUUGCAGCUAGGUGCCAUUAUGCUGCAAAAGAGCACCAGCAGGCCCUCGAUAUUCUUGAUAUGGAAGAGCCAAUCAACAAAAGAUUAUUUGAAAAAUACUUGAAGGAUGAAAGUGGCUUCAAAGAUCCCUCCAGUGACUGGGAAAUGUCACAGUCUUCAAUAAAGAGUUCUAUUUGUCUUCUACGUGGGAAAAUCUAUGAUGCUCUAGAUAACCGAACUCUGGCUACCUAUAGCUACAAAGAAGCUUUGAAGCUUGAUGUCUACUGUUUUGAAGCAUUUGAUCUUCUAACAUCACACCACAUGUUGACAGCACAAGAAGAAAAAGAACUUCUUGAAUCACUACCUCUUAGCAAGCUGGGUAAUGAAGAACAGGAAUUGCUGCGUUUUCUAUUUGAGAACAAAUUGAAAAAAUAUAAUAAGCCUAGUGAAACGGUCAUCCCUGAGUCUGUAAAUGGCUUGCGAGAGAAUCUGGAUGUGGCAGUGUCUUUAGCUGAGAGACAUUAUUAUAACUGUGAUUUUAAAAUGUGCUACAAACUUACUUCGGUAGUAAUGGAGAAAGAUCCUUUCCAUGCAAGUUGUUUACCUGUACAUAUAGGGACGCUUGUAGAGCUGAAUAAAGCCAAUGAACUUUUCUAUCUUUCUCAUAAACUGGUGGAUUUAUAUCCUAGUAAUCCUGUGUCUUGGUUUGCAGUGGGAUGUUACUAUCUCAUGGUCGGUCAUAAAAAUGAACAUGCCAGAAGAUAUCUCAGCAAAGCCACAACACUUGAGAAAACCUACGGACCUGCAUGGAUAGCCUAUGGACACUCGUUUGCGGUGGAGAGUGAGCAUGACCAAGCGAUGGCUGCUUACUUCACAGCAGCACAGCUGAUGAAAGGGUGUCAUUUGCCUAUGCUGUAUAUUGGAUUAGAAUAUGGUUUGACCAAUAACUCAAAACUAGCUGAAAGGUUCUUCAGCCAAGCUCUGAGCAUUGCACCGGAAGACCCUUUUGUUAUGCAUGAGGUCGGCGUGGUUGCAUUUCAGAAUGGAGAAUGGAAAACAGCCGAAAAAUGGUUUCUUGAUGCUUUGGAAAAAAUUAAAGCAAUUGGGAACGAGGUAACAGUUGACAAAUGGGAACCUUUGUUGAACAACUUGGGGCAUGUCUGCAGAAAACUUAAAAAGUACGCCGAGGCCUUGGAUUACCACCGCCAGGCACUGGUGUUGAUUCCUCAGAACGCAUCCACCUACUCUGCUAUUGGAUAUAUCCACAGUCUGAUGGGCAACUUUGAAAAUGCUGUGGACUACUUCCACACAGCCCUUGGUCUUAGGCGAGAUGAUACAUUUUCUGUUACAAUGCUUGGUCAUUGCAUCGAAAUGUACAUUGGUGAUUCCGAAGCUUAUAUCGGAGCAGACAUUAAAGACAAAUUAAAAUGUUAUGACUUUGAUGUGCAUACAAUGAAGACACUAAAAAACAUUAUUUCACCUCCGUGGGAUUUCAGGGAAUUUGAAGUAGAAAAACAGACUGCAGAAGAAACGGGGCUUACGCCAUUGGAAACCUCAAGGAAAACUCCAGAUUCCAGACCUUCCUUGGAAGAAACCUUUGAAAUUGAAAUGAAUGAAAGUGACAUGAUGUUAGAGACGUCUAUGUCAGACCACAGCACGUGACUCCAGGCAGUGGUCCUGGUCCCGCUGUCCCGGUGUAGGUUAGUAUUCUCUCACAUCCUCUCCGUGGCUUAAGAACGUCCCAGUUCCUAACGUGACUCCAAACUGCAUCUCUACAUUUAGGAACAGAGACGCGCCUUAAGAGACUGGAUCACACACCUUUGCAACAGAUGUGUUCUGAUUCUCUGAACCUACAAAAUAGUUAUACGUAGUGGAAUAAAGAAGGUAAACCAUC